AAUAAGUAAAAUCAAAUUGUCUUAAAUACAUUAGUGGAAGAAAAAAUGUAUUAUUUUAAUAUUCAUUGUCUUAUCAAUGUAUCCUAUAUAUAUUUUUUUAAUUUUUUCCGUAAGUGUUAAGCAGCUGCAGGAAUAUAUUUUUAUUCCAAGUUAAUCUCUGAUUCACCCUCUGAAGCGGAAGGCGGCGCUAAUGAGCAUUAUACACUGAUCGUUUACCGCUAUUUUGAAAAAAAUACGAAACACAGAAGAAGUAAAGGUAUAUGGGCGGGAAACAGCACCAAAGAGGCAACAGGGACGACUGGAGAAAGUUGGACCUAACAGCAGCAACUAGCAUCACUGGACUUACACUUCAAGAAUUAAGACAGAGUCAAGGAAGAGAACUGGGGAUGUGAUAAAGAUACCAGACCCAAGCGAGCAGAAGUCAACUUCCUUCCAAACUUUCCCCAAGGAAAGGAUCCUUCAAGCCUUGACUAGUUGAGGCAAGCAAUUGUUGAAGAAGUCAAGAAGGCUGAGAAGAACCUGCCCCUCAUUAGAAAGUUGAUGGAGACCACAUUUCCCCUGUGCAGACAAACCAUAGUGAUGUCCUGCCCACCAGUGAAGGAGCUCUUGGACCUCUGGCCUGCUCUAAAAAUGGAGUCUGAGUUGUAUGCAGAGUUUCAGCGGAUUACAAAUCAGAACCUGCCCAAUACAUUCUAUGCUGAACUUGACCGCCAUCUUCCUCGACUGAUGACCUUACUCAGACAGAAGGCAUCAAAAACUGGGAAGACAGCAGAUGCCCUGGCUGAAAUUCUAAGAAUUCACGAUGAACAGGACAUCCAUGAUAUCCACACCAAGCGCACUACCAUUCUCCACGCCCUUCCUGUCUAUCUGCGUGAGGAUGUCUCUGGAUUUUUCAGAACCUGCACUGACGAAUCUGAUGAGUUGGAGCUUGAUGGUGUUGAAGUGGCCCUCUUCACUGUCAUCAGUGACCAUGACACGACAAGUCCAGUUCACUACCAACCUGUGAAAAUCUCUGUCGUCAUUGAAAGUGAUGCCGUGGUCAGUCUCCCCAGAUUUGGUGAAGCCUUCCUGGUAAUGUUUGGACUGAUCUAUGCACUUCACCUCAGCUACCCCAAAGCCCUGACCAACACUUUAGAAUUUACUCAAAAGAUUUUACUUGGUCUAGAAAGUGGUAAACUGUCACCCAGGUUACAGACCCUCAAGAAUGACUUGGUUAUGUAGGAACUCAUCUGAAAGAAGGAUGCAGGGUAAAGCAUUAUAAAAGGCUAGUUCAAAGUUCUCUCCUUUUAUCUAAAUAAUGCCUCAAAACGUUAUUGCAUUACUCGACAGGUGUUCAGCCAAUAGGUCCAAACUAUACAACGUGCCUUUGUUCUC